AUGCAGAUCGCGCAACAGCUGUCGCCGAAGAUCGGGUAUCCCUGGGCGAUCCGGGUGAUGGGUUUUAUUAUCGUCUUUGACUCGGUGCUCAUCGUUUUGUUGGCCCGGCCACGGCAGUUCAAACGUACCAAGGGGCCUUUGGUUGAUCCAAAGGCGUUCAAGGAGCCCACGUACCUGUUCUUUGCCAUUGGGAUCUUCUUUACCCUUUGGGGUGUCUAUAUUGCUUAUUUCUACACCACCACUUUCGGGAAAGAAAUAAUCGGCAUCUCUGAGAAUAACUCCCUCACCCUUCUCAUGAUCCUUAAUGCUGUCGGCGUUCCAGGCCGAAUUGUUCCCUCCCUCUUAGCAGACAACUACUUCGGUACCUUCAACACCCUACUCCCAUUCGUCUGCGCCGUCUCCGCUCUUCUAUACGGCUGGAUCGGCGUACACUCCACGGGCGGCUUUUACGGCUUUGUCGUGAUAUACGGUAUCUGCGCGAAUGCCGUGCAGACACUUUUCCCGUCGGCACUGUCUCAGCUGACCACGGAUCUGAGUAAAGUGGCUUCUCGGGUGGGAAUGGUGUUUACGGUGGGCAGCUUUGCUUGUCUUACGGGGCCGCCGAUUGCGGGGGCGUUGAUCAGUAAGAAGGGUGGUGAUUAUUUGUGGGCGCAGCUGUUUGGAGGGACGUCGGUUAUUCUUGGGUUUGUGCUUUUGUCUGUGGCACGGUGGACGAAGGGGCGGUCUUGA